CUUGAACGCAUCAGAGCCAGACUGUUGUCAAGAGCAGCGUUGCUAACAUUACGACGCACACGGCUGGUAGCUUUGUGAGUGAAGAGAAGGUCGACUAUAUCCAUUUGACAACAACAUCUCUGCAACCGGAGGGAAAUGCUGGGGUAUAUCUGGCAGUAUGUCUACACAUCCUUUCUAAGAUACUGGCUGAAGUGGCUCAUCAGACAGGCAACAGGCAGAUGUGAGCUGCAGAGAAUAUGCUCUGGAUACAAACCUGGGGCAACAAGGACAGCAAAAACAGAAUAUUCUCUCCGCUCCUCAAAGAACAAGGUGCUUAGAGGAGCUUUGGAAACCAGUAAAGAUCAAUUAGAGCCAUGUGUGGAUCAAAUCCUGAAGGAGAAGAGUGUCAAACCCCAGAAAGACCCACUGUUUAGGGGAAGCCUGCUCACCUGUCUGUUUCAGAUAACAGGCUACAGCAGUCUGUUUGUAUCCGUGGAAGAUGUUAGAAAGGAAGUCUUCGACUCUGAGAACCAAGAGCACGAGGCCAUGCUGUUGAAGCUGUGGGAUCUGUUGAUGCCAGACGUCAAACUGGAGUCGAGGAUAACCAAACAGUGGGGAGACAUUGGAUUCCAAGGAGACGACCCGAAAACCGACUUCAGAGGAAUGGGCAUGCUUGGGCUAAUCAACCUUGUUUUUUUCAGCGAAAGCUACACAGAAGAGGCUCGCCAGGUGCUGUCGCAUGCAAACCAUCCUACACUGGGGUAUUCGUAUGCCAUUGUUGGGAUCAACUUGACCGAGAUGGCCUACAGCCUCAUGAAAAGUGGUGCUUUGAAACCCCAUUUCUACAACACAGUUCUUGGCGCACCAAAGCUCCAGGACUUUCAUCAGCUAUACUGUUAUCUGGCAUAUGAAUUUGAUAAAUUCUGGGUGUCAGAAGAACCAGAGAGCAUUAUGCAUUUCAACCAGUACAGAGAAAAAUUCCACAACAUAGUGAAGACACAUCUACAGGACCCUGACGUUUCCCUCGCAUUGACUGUCUCUAAAAACUAAAGUAAACCUAAAGCCUUCCCUGACCGCUCCAUGAACACUGAAGCCACAUGUUCAGGUAGAAAAAGGUCAGAAGCAUGAAAGCAGACUGAAACUGGUGACGUUCCUCCAAAACUGGAAUAAAGAAAAUCCACUCAUUCAUUUUUUGGUUGUGCCCUGUUCAUCGUGUCACAGUGAUAGAAUACAGCACAAACUAACUGGCUAUACCUCAAAAAUGACCAUUCCCUUGUUUGAUGAUCCUUUCUUAAAGAGAAAUAUGAGCUGCUGCGGGGUACUGUGGUGAUAACGGGUCUCUCUUUGGAAAGGGUUAACGCACUUUGAGUGAGCAAGCAACCAAACUGUUAGUAAAGACAGUUAAUGAAAUAUGAACUUACCUACAUAUUUGUAGCUGUCUUAUUUGUACUUCUGUAAACACGACUUGUGUGUUCUAAAAGUUGUUGCUUUGAGGAAAACUCACCAGUGUUUGCAUGUUUUAAUGUGCGUCCUCUGAUGUCAUCUGUAUCGUGGAAUAUAGGUGAUGUGCAACUCAAAAACAAUAGUUUUCCUCCGUUUUCUUAAAUGUUCGUGUCCCAAUAAUACUUUUUUAAUGUGAUUUUCUGCUGUGAUUGACUUUUGAGGAAGGUAUGUAAUGAUUAAUACAUCUUACUCAAAGUUAAUAAAUACACAAUUGGCUAUUUU